GACGAGGGAACUUCGCGGUGUUGUUGCCGACAACACGAGGUUUCGCGUUGCGGUUGCUUCGAUCGGGCGGCGGUAGCUGCCUCGCACUGACGUCGCGUCGUCGCUCGCCGAUUGAAGAAUUUACGUUAUACUUCCUGCUCCGGCUGCACGCUCGGAGCGCAAACGCGUUGUUUCGCCGUAACGGCUAAUUGUGGCAAUUUACGUCGACGCUGACGGCAAUAACAGUGACUAGUCGCCAGCGUGCCGAAUGCCCCUCAGAGAGCACUCCGGUAUUCACACAGUUACGCCGGCAUCACAUACAGAAAUUACGAUUACAGUCGUGCUUUCGCUCGUUCGCGGCUGGAUGGGCACCGCCGGAUGACAGAACGAGACGACAAUCGAGCUGGCGCUGAUUUCUGCAUACGUCUAGUCUAACUUGUCGCAACAUCAUAUCGCGAAUUGGGAAAUAUGUUCGACAUAUUAGAAUGGCUCGAUCAUGGUUAGGAUGCCUCUUCAUCGUCCUAACACCAUUCGUGCUCUUUUACAUAUAUUUGUCGUUAAACGUACCUUCCGCAGAGCAGAAAGGAUCGAAAAUUGAAAAGAAAUGGCAGUCGUUGUCGCUAGGAACGGAGAGAUCGGAGUUGCGGAUGGAACGCUUUCCCGAAGGGUCGCAAUUAGGAAACAAUUUCGAGGUGAAAUGCGACACUAUACACGUGGCCAUGGUGUGCGCCGGGUACAACUCGACCCUCACCCUCGUAACCGUAGUGAAGUCCAUUUUGUUUUAUCGUACGAAUCCGUUGCAUUUUCAUUUGCUCGUCGACGAAAUUGCGAGGAGAACGCUUUCGACCCUGUUCCGAACGUGGGAUUUACCGCAUGUGAAUGUAACGUUCUACGGCACCGAGAUGUGGGUGCCGAGGGUGUCGUGGAUACCGAACAAGCAUUAUUCGGGGGUGUACGGUCUCUUGAAGUUGAUACUGCCGGACGCGGUACGAGAGGACAAAGUGCUCGUACUGGACACGGAUGUAACCGUUUUGAACGACGUGAGUCUGUUGUGGGGAAUGUUCGAAAAGUUCUCGACCGGCCAGACUUUGGGCUUGAUCGAGAAUCAGAGCAACUGGUACAUAAAAGCGCUGUCGUACGGCCAGCGACCGUGGCCGGCGCUGGGUCGGGGAUUUAAUACGGGCGUCAUGCUAAUGCACUUGCAACGGCUCCGCGACGGGAAAUUUACAAGCUCGUGGGAGAGCGUUGCUAAGCGCGUGCUGGAAUACAUACCAAAGACCAGCCUGGCCGACCAGGACGUGAUAAACGCGGUGAUCAACGAGCAUCCAAGUAUUGUAUAUAGAAUCGAAUGUACCUGGAACAUACAGCUGAGCGAUCGCACGAUAAGCGACACGUGUUAUCGCGACAGCAAUCGUAUAAACAUUCUCCAUUGGAAUUCGCCCCGAAAGCAAAACGUGCGCAAUAAACACGUUAACGAGUUCCGAAAAUUGCACCGGGUCUUCCUCGAAAUGGACGGCAAUUUGUUGCGAAGACGCUUAUUCGGCUGUGAUAAGCACGAGAGUGCGCUUCCAUACAACGAAUCGAGCCCGUGUCGAGAGUUCGAGAAAGGCGCCAGCAUUUUGUAUCGUACACACCCAUUUCUCCUGGAAUACGAUUACAACAUAUACUCGCCGAUGGACGUUGCUCUGGUCACCCAGUGUAGCGUCGAAAGGAUACCGCUGUUGGAAGCGUUAUCGAAACACUGGCCGGGAACUAUAAGCGUCGCGAUUUACCUGACCGACGCUGAGGUCCAGAACUUUCUGGACUUCGUGCAAGGCUCUGCAGAUUUGCGGGCGAGAAGGAACAUCGCUUACCACGUCGUGUACAAGGACGGAGAACUUUAUCCUAUCAAUUACUUACGAAACACUGCGAUGUUAUACGUGUCGACCCCAUUCAUCUUUCAACUUGACAUUGACUUUUUGCCGCAAUUCGGAUUACAUGAAAAUAUUAUGAGUUACAUUAAUAAAUUGGGUAUAACCGAGUCGCACAAGAUAGCUCUAAUCGUGCCAGCAUUCGAAACCGAGCGUUACAGAUUUGAUUUCCCGGCUAACAAGGAAGAAUUGCUAAAGUUUCUUAAACGUGGCAUUUUGUAUACAUUUCGCUAUCACGUCUGGACGCAGGGUCACGCUGCCACGAAUUAUAGCAUUUGGCGAAGUAGCUUGGAACCAUACGAAACAUGCGUGGCGUGAAGUGCAAGAAUUCAUCAAACUAAACGAGAAAGUCCUAUAAUAUUUUGCAAUCAACCACGUAAAAUAUUGAAUUGUUAAUUAAAGAAACGGGGUGAAUAAACGCGUUUGAAAGAUGUGAUACAGAGUGCGAUUGGAAAAGGACUGAGAAAAAGGGAAAAACGUGUUUUUUUCGAUUUUUUCAUUAAGCUUAGAAAAAUUCAUUUCUUUCGAAAAAAUUAUGUAAAAGUUUUUUCGUCUAAUUUAAUUUAAAUGUCACAUUACAUACAUGGUAUAAGAUUAUAGAAAUUAUUCUUAUGGCAGAAUAAAGAAAAAUUUCGUUACAUGCACUUUUAUAUUUCUUUUAUGCAAAAAUUAGCAUGCAAAUGCUAGUAUAUUUUCCAUGAAAAUAUUAGCAAAUAUUAGUAAGUAAAUUUUGUUAGAUGCAUUUUUAUAUUUUUUUUAUGCAAAUAUUAAAAUGAUAAUAGAAUUGACGAAGAACUCUCUUGAGACUGCAAAUACAAUACAAAAGUGUGAGGAGUUUUUCAGAUUCUUAACUUCUUAACAUAUAAAUGCUAUUUGUAAAUAGAUUAUUAAUUGCAACAUCCAAUAUUAUCUCUGUCAUUACUUAAGAUAUGAUAUAAUAAAGCACUUUUGAACUUCGGUUAAUCUCAAAGCAGAUGGUUAAUCAUAUUCCUGAAUUCUGUCCCUGAAAUCAAUAAUAAAGAAUAAAACAAGUCCAUGAUUUACGUAUGAGCACAAACAUAUCAUAAAUUCACCAAGACACAAUGGAUGAAAAAGAAAGAAACAAAUAAAAUUAAGCUGUAUUUUCUAAUAUAAACAUAUUAUUCUAAGUUUAUCGUAGAGUUCAUAUAUCAAAAUAAGUCUUCCUUAGUAUUCACAGUGUAUCAACUAUCAUUUUAAUUAGAAGAUAUUGUUCAAUAAUGUUAUUUUGAAAAGCAUAUAUUUUUAUUGAACUUUUUUAUCCCUUAUAUUCCAGUUAUUUUUUUUAAUUUUCAAUCAAUACUAAUAAAAAUAAGACUGGUAUUGUAUGAAUACAUAUGUUAUUGUCUCAAAUUUCAGUAUACAGUAUUCAGUAAGUAAUAGACGUUAUUACUGUGUCGAUACACUGUCAGAUGACAUAUGUUUUUUCAGCAUAAAAUUUAAAUGCGUGCGAGACUUUCGGUUUUUCGACUAUUGGCUUUCGAAUUUUAACAAAUACACUAAAUAAUAGGCUAUUCAAGGUAAACUCCCUGACUUUUUAGUUUAAGUUAAAAGACGUAAAAUGUGAAUACAGUCGUAAGAAUACUAGGAAGUUACGUUUAUCUUAACAAAUAACAAUUAAUUUUGUAAAAAAACAAUUUUUUCCAAAAAAAAUAUUUUUUCUCGAGAAAACAUUUUUUUGUUUUUUCUGGGGAAUCUAAUUUUUCCGGAAAAAUAAUACUAGACGUGAUGGUAGAUAUGCUAUCCGUUGUAAACUUGUACAGUAAAUAAAACUGUACAAAAACGUCUUUUACUAUUUUGCAAAUAACGACAUAGAUUUUUUAAAUUAUUAAUUGAAGAAAAAUGGCGAAAUAUUACGUAUGUUCGGUUGCUAAAUGGUUUUCGCUUCAUAUGGAAUAAAAUUAUAACGAUUUAAGUUGAAAACCACUACUGACAUGUAUAUAUCAGUAGUAAUCAGUUGUAAAUGUAUAAAAAUUACUUUUCAAAAUAAUGCUCUCUUAAUUUGAAAUAAAUCCUUUCUUCCAAAUUUCCAAGUAUUAUGUUCUGUAUUGUCACUUCCAUUCGUGUCAAAUCCGAUUAUUGCGCUUCACGUCAUAGUGGCUUUUAAUUCUGACAGCUUGAAGCGCUCGAACUUCAUUCGAUAAAAAGUGUGAAAACCGUUUAGCAACCGCAAGUGUACAAUCAUUUCUUACAAGUAAACCUACCCAAAAAUUAGACUCCGAUUUAUUUUUAAUUUGGCACAAAUGUAGAAGUAUAAAAAAAUACUUAGGUGAUAUUUUUUAUUUUGGUCCACUUUGAGUUUCAUGC